AGGGCAAGAUGGAUUGACAUGGCAGCUGUAACAACGCAUGUCUGCCCUGGAACUCAGAUGCUGUGGAACUCAGAGCUGCAGUCCUGGCAGCGCCACCAGUCCGCCUCAUCAUUCUCAAAGAGGUUGGCCGGGAGAUUGACUCGCUGAGGGAAAGCAAGAGUGAAGAGAGAAGAAAAGAGCCCUCCAGCCUCGCGACCUUGCUUUUCCGGGGAAUUCCCAGCAGUACGGCCCACAGGAGCACCACCUGCCCAGAUGGAGCUCACCACGGGGGCUGUGAGGGAUGGCAAUGACAGGAACACAUCCACCAACUUCCUGUCUGUGCUUGACCCCCAAGGAGGCCCAGCUGCCCCUUUCCCAUUCAACCUCAGCUAUGGGGACUAUGAUAUCCCCUUGGAUGAAGAUGAGGACGUGACGAAUUCUCGGACCUUCUUUGCUGCCAAGAUCGUCAUUGGCCUGGCCCUGGUGGGCAUCAUGCUGGUCUGUGGCAUCGGCAACUUCGUCUUCAUCGCCGCUCUGGCCCGCUACAAGAAGCUCCGCAACCUCACCAACCUGCUCAUUGCCAACCUGGCCAUCUCUGACUUCCUGGUGGCCAUUGUCUGCUGCCCCUUUGAAAUGGACUACUACGUGGUGCGCCAGCUUUCCUGGGAGCACGGCCACAUGCUGUGCGCCUCUGUCAACUACCUUCGUACCGUGUCCCUCUACGUGUCCACCAAUGUCCUGCUGGCGAUCGCCAUCGACAGGUACCUGGCCAUCGUGCACCCCUUGAAGCCCCGGAUGAAGUAUCAGACGGCCAGCGGGCUGAUCGCUCUGGUCUGGAUGGUCUCCAUCCUCAUCGCCAUCCCGGCCGCCUACUUCACCACCGAAACGGUCCUCCUCAUCACCAAGAGCCAAGAGAAGAUCUUCUGCGGCCAGAUCUGGCCCGUGGACCAGCAGAUCUACUACAAGUCCUACUUCCUGUUCAUCUUCGCCAUCGAGUUCCUGGGCCCCGUCGUCGCCAUGAGCCUGUGCUACGCCCGGAUCUCGCAGGAGCUGUGGUUCAAGGCGGUGCCCGGCGUUCAGACGGAGCAGAUCCGCAAGCGGCUGCGCUGCCGCCGGAAGACGGUGCUGGUGCUCAUGUGCAUCCUCCUGGCCUACGUGCUGUGCUGGGCGCCCUUCUACGGCUUCACCAUCGUGCGCGACUUCUUCCCCACCGUGUUCGUCAAGGAGAAGCACUACCUGACGGCCUUCUACGUCGUGGAGUGCGUCGCCAUGAGCAACAGCGUCAUCAACACCCUGUGCUUCGUCACCGUCAAGAACAACACCCUCAAGUACUUGAAGAAGGUCAUCCUGCUCCACUGGAAGUCGUCUUACCACGGGAGCAAGUCCAGCGCGGACCUGGAUCUCAAAACCACGGGGGCGCCUGCCACGGAAGAGGUGGACUGCAUCAGGUUAAAGUAGCCUGUGCGACUGGUGGCGUGGACACGCUCUGCUCUCGGCUAGCGGCACAGUCAAUGGACAGACAGCACCGUGGGCACUGCCACUCGGACAGCUUCACCAGUGGCUGAUGCUUAUCACACACUGGGUAGGGUGGCCACCCUAGAUAGGGUGACAACGUUUAGUUGUAAAAAUGUAUGAGGAAUAAAACCCGGGAGACUGUUGGACAGGGUUUGGCAGUAAUUGCAGAAGGGAGCGCCCAUCGUUCUUGUGUUCAGAAGUGGACCACCUCUGCCACUCAUCAGAUGCAUCAAGAAAUUCCUUUGGGGUGGCUCUCAGGCUGGAGCUAAUGCCUAACCAUUGCAAGACUGGGGCAGGCAUACAGAAGAGGCUUCCGCCUCUUGUAACCUGCCUUACCAUCCCCGUUUUGAUCCUCACCGUGAGAGGCCUGGCAUGCAUGCCCAUGGACACCCCAAUACGCGUGACCAAGUUGUGUCCAUGUCCUUUCACCAACAUGGCCCUGUGGUCACCAGCUCUCAAAAGCGAGUGGGGAAGAGUGUCCUCCGAACCAGCCAAACCUGAUGGGUUACCCGAUCGGUAUGAGCCACGGGUGCCUGAAUCCUGUCUUAGUUGUUAAUUCCUUGGUCCAAGAACCUCUUUUAGAAUGGAGCUACUCUUAGAUGGGGUGCUCCCUUACGUUUUUUGCAAAUCCAGUCAUGUAAUUCAGAGACGGAGUCCCAAAGGAGCAUUUAUAGGGUUGAGGGAAGUCCCAACAAUGGGCUCCAGUGACCCCAUGUGCAUACUGCCGGCACUUCCCACUUCCUGGAGCCAGGGUGGUGUCAUGGUUACACGUUGCGUUGCUAGCCAAAAAGUUUGAAAAACACCAGCUAC